UCUGUCUCCCUUUGUGUUAACCAGUAAUAUCUAUGUACAUGUAAGAGAAUCAAUAACUUGACUUAAAUUCAAUGUAUUAAUUUGCCCGUCCUGUGAUAAUGAUGGUAAGAUAUGAGACAACUGUUGAUGAGCUUGGCUCUGUAUUUAUUUAGGAGCCUGUUGGACUCAGUGAAUGAGGAACUCAUUCAGAGGGGUCAUGAGAGCCAAACAUCAGCCCUAGCGGAGGAUAUCCCAUUGUCAGAACAAUCAACUCUACAAAUUAAGCCACCUCCAAGAUUGCCAAAGCCAUUACCCGAGCUGCCGAAAGACGCAAGACCUGAGGACAAUGGUAGCCCCCGAUUUGAAGACAAUGGGCCGGACUUAGAUGCCAUUUUAGAUCGAGAACUUACCCUGGUUCCCGGAUCUCGACCCCCCCAGACAUCAGAAGACAAGCCACCAGAACUACCCCCCAAACUCAGCCGGCGUCAGAAUGGAGUGCUGGACCUCGGGAGUGGAGGGGGCAGCAAUGUAACAGAGGAACCUAUGGUACCUCGCAGAAAAGACAGGACCAGUAUGAAUCUUCUAAGUUAUGAUCUGAAUAAACCAGACAGGCCAGUUAGUAACGGACUCCCACCCACCCCUAAAGUUCAUAUGGGAGCUUGCUUCUCUAAAGUGUUCAAUGGCUGUCCAUUACAAAUCAACUGUACUGCUAGCUGGGUACAUCCAGACACGAGAGAUCAGCAUAUACUAAUUGGUGCCAAUGAGGGGUUAUAUACUCUGAACCUCAAUGAGAUACAUGAAUCCAGUCUGGAACUGCUUCAUGCAAGGAGGUGUAUGUGGGUUUAUGUGAUAAAAGAUGUUCUCAUGACUCUAUCAGGGAAAACAACUUGUCUGUUUAGACACGACCUGAAAAUGCUUCACGGCAAGCAAGCCAAUAGACUGUCUCUCCCCAUGAACAAGAUUCCAGAGAAAUUAAUUCCAAGGAAGUUUAACCACACUACAAAAGUUCCUGACACAAAAGGCUGCACUCGCUGCUGUGUAGGGAGGAACCCUUACAAUGGAUACCGCUACCUGUGUGGUGCCCUACAGCACGGCAUUAUCCUCAUGCAGUGGUACGACCCUCUCAACAAGUUCAUGCUUCUCAAGACAUUUGACUUGGACAGUAUGCCACCUCAGCCCUCUGUGUUUGAGAUGUUUAUUUCCCCUGAAUUAGAGUACCCCAUGGUCUGUAUGGGGGUCCGACAAAGCUCAACAGAAAUCAACCAAUUAAAGUUUGACAUUAUGAACCUCAAUUCCAGCUCAUUAUGGUUUACUGAGCAAAAUGACAAUGAGGAACUGCUUCCAGUGGUGAAUGUUACACAACUGGAGAAAGAGACCAUUCUAGUCUGUUAUGAUAAGUAUGUGAAGGUAGUGAAUAUUAAGGGGAAAUUAAAAUCAAGUAAAAAGCAGUCCUCAGAACUCCACUUUGACUUCAAGGUGGAAUCUUUAGUGUGUUUACAGGAUAGUGUUUUAGCAUUUCAUAAACAUGGAAUGCAGGGUCGAAGCUUUAAAGCCAAUGAAGUUACGCAAGAAAUAUGUGAUAGAACCCGAAAUUUCCGGUUACUGGGCUCAGACAGGGUUAUUCUCCUUGAAAGUAGGCCAACGGACAGUCCCAGUGCAGAAUCAAACCUUUAUGUUCUGGCUGGCCAUGAAAACAAUUUCUGAUUUCAAAGACUCUUCUAUGUUGAUGAUACUGGCUGAAUCAGAAGCUUCAUUUCUAUGCGGGAUAUAUGCUGCGUCUCUUACUUGUAUAUUCCAUUUGAGGCCAUAAAGAAAAUCAAAUUCAGCAUGACCCAGACUCAUCCAAGUUCCCGUUUGCUCACUUGACCAUCAGGGUGGAUUAUAUUACAUGUACAUGUAUUUUCAUAAUUUCCUCAGCACAGCCCUUGUUUAAACAGCAAUCCCCAAAAAGUAGUGGAUUUCAUAAAUUCUAAUUGAUGUAACUCGAUAUACAUGCUCCAACCUGCAUUUCUCAUAUCAUAGUGUACUGUAGUUUUUCACUUGGAAGUUGGAGUAAUCUGUGAUCUUUUCCUUCUCCAAGCAUAUGUGUAUUCAACACAUUUUAUUUCAGAUUUUAUAAAUUUCAUGCUAUCUGUAACAGUGUGUAAGUCUUACAAAUACUAAAAAAUCAGAUUAACGGUACUUGAAAAAACAAAUCUCAAAAACCAUCAAUAAAUUAUCAGUAAAACCAUUCAGCAUAUCUUAUUUUUAAUUUGAUUUAUUUGCUGGACUGUUUAACAUACUCAAAAAAUUUGAGUCCAUGUAAAAUUUACAUCAGUUGCAACUGUUUUGGGUGUGUGAAAGUCUACCUAUAGGCUGAAGAUUCCAUGCAUGUUUAUAAAACUAUUGUCUUUUUACAGUAUUAGUAGUUAAAUUAUAGUAAUUUCAAGGUUGAAAUCCAUGUCUUAUAACAGUUUUCUAGUUACAUGUAUUUAUAUGAUUUUUUUCUUCCUCUCUCUGAUGUAAGAUACUUAGAGAUGUGAAUCUAAUAUGUGAGUAAAAAUAGAGAGAUAUACAAAUUUUGUUCCAUAUGCUUUGAUCAAUGCUAUGGUUCUGUGAGAUAUGUUUUGAUAUUGGCAGAAAAAUUGUGUUACAUGUAUUUGUAAUCUCUUUGCAAAACAAGUCAGUUUUGUUAAAUAAAACUUUAGGUGCCAAAUUUAUUAUACAAAACCUUUUUUAGUACUCACAUUGAAAUGUACUCACAUUAUGAACAAUUUAAAUGGGCAUUACCCAAACACUUGAAAAUUAUGCAGUAAUGCAUUUUUUAAAAAAAUGUUCUCACUUGUAGAUAGAAAAAAAGGUUUUAGGCUACACCAAUAAAAUAUUUUGUUUGUCGGACCCGUGCGCUCGUAUUUAGACAAAACUAUACAAAUAAUAUUAAUUUAAAUUUCCCGCACCAUGGAAAUUCUGUGCUAUUUUCUGUUUCAUUUCCUCUUUAUUUUCCGUAUUUUAAAUCUGUGUAUUCCUCAAAUCAGAACACACAUGCACUUCAGAAAAAUAUAAUUGUCCGCUCAAUUUUAUUCUUGCUCCACCUAAAAAAAUUGCCUAUAAAAAAGUAUUAAUAUUAAUAUUUAACCGCUUGCCUGCUCGUACUUUUUUCAUCAAAUGUCCGACAAACAAGAAAUUAAAUUGAUGUGGCCUUAAACAAUUCUUCCAAUAUGGAUUUGCAUGGUAAACUCUAUGUGCUGUGUGCAAGUGCUUUUCCAAAUGUAAGACAAGAAUUCCUAGCAAAAUAUGCUGUCAUGGAAUCUAUUUAUAAAACAUUUAAAUUGUGUGUAUCAUCUUAUCUAACUGUAAAUACCUGUAAAAUAAGCAUUAUAUCAAUUAACUCUUGGAAUUAUUUUAAUGAACCAGAAUUAAUUUUUAUCAUAUGCCUUGCCGAUUAACCCUGAUAGUUACUAAUCCCUAAGGCCAGUGAAAUGACAUACAUUCCUGGAGACUAGCAGGUUUUAUAUAUAUGUGAUGCUUACAUUUGUUUUACUGUGGUCUUAUGAAGCAGUAUGAAAUGUGGAUAAAAGUCCUGUUUUUGUUUAGUAUGAUAACAGAACUUCUACAAAGAUGUUCUUAAUGAAGAAGGAUGAUUUUUAAAAGUCAAGGAAAUAUAGGGAUCUGUUGUGUGUUGAAUGUGAUAGAUUUUUUUAAUGCGUUUGUACAUAAAUAAUACUGAAGUCAAAUGGGGUAAAUUAAGGAAAAGUGUUCUACAAGGUACUGUCAAAGAGCUAAAUUUCAGGUAGCUUCAUUCUAUUAAAGUUUUUUUUUUCUUUCAUAUGAAUACUAAACAGUUGACAAAAUGGUGCAAUAUAGAUUUUUUUUUUAAAGAAAAUAGUUUGUUUGCAUAAUUUCAGAUGGUUAUUUCAAAGUGCUUUGCAGGGUUGGUUGUUCACAAUUAAUGUACAAUAUUAACAAUUUAAGAGCCAUUCUCUAAAAUGACCGAGUAUUUUAUAAAGGGCCUUGGCUUACACAGUCGAAAAUUUCGUCAGUCUUGAAAUAGUUUUAAUUUAAAAUGCUGAAUUUAGGGUACCUGACUACCUGGUAUAUGUUGUCAUGGUUACCAUGACACAUUGGCUUUUUUUUUAUCUGUUACUGUGAUAGCAGAGACAAAUACAUGUAGCAACCAAACUUUGGUUGGUUCAUGUUUCCAGUUAUAAUAAUGAGCAAAGUUUCAUCAAAAUCUGUGACAAUCAUGCCAGAAAAGUUGAAGUUAUCAUAGAGAAUUGCACUUAAAUGUUAAUCUAUUCUAUUAAUGAUGAGGAAGAGCAUAAUAAAUAUUCACAAUAUUUUUGAAAAUGAAAAUUAAUUUAUUUUACAAACAAUAAUAAUUUUGAAGUUAGCCUGACAGACAGAUAAAAGCCUAGUAAAGCUCUGUCAUUGUGAUUGUUGUAAUGUUGGUGCUUCUGUGAGCUUUCCACUGGGAUUUUUUUUUCUUCAAAUUAUUUUCAGCAUGGUGAUAUUUUGACCACAUGACAAUGUUCCUGCUGGCCUUUUGUACCCCUUGAUUAUUAUAAAAGUUUGUGAUGUAAUGAUAUACGGUCUCAAGAUGUACCACAAUUAUUGGAGAGUGUUUUUAGGCUGAUGGUUCUAUAUAAUACAUGGAAGAAAUGUUGCAGCCUCAAUAAAUCAAUACCAGUCUCA